CGUGUACUGUGUCCGCAGUCUCUGGUCAUCCCCUGUACUGUGUCCGCAGUCUCUGGUCAUCUCCUGUACUGUGUCUGCAGUCUCUGGUCAUCUCCUGUACUGUGUCCGCAGUCUCUGGUCAUCUCCUGUACUGUGUCCGCAGUCUCUGGUCAUCUCCUGUACUGUGUCCGCAGUCUCUGGUCAUCUCCUGUACUGUGUCCGCAGUCUCUGGUCAUCUCCUGUACUGUGUCCGCAGUCUCUGGUCAUCUCCUGUACUGUGUCCGCAUCUCUGGUCAUCUCCCGUACUCUGUCCGCAGUCUCUGGUCAUCUCCCGUA